AUGUCCAUCGAUCUCGACGCCUUGGAUGUCCUCGCCGCGCGCGUGAACACGUCCACGCUCAAAUCAUGGCAAAAGCUCGUCGAUCACUUGCGAGCGUUCCCGGACGAGAUCGUCGAGCCGCGCGCCGCGGUUGCGGGCGAGGAACAAAGUUUGAAAUCCAACCUGCGCGAGCUGUUGGUGCGGCAAUCGCGAACGUUGGCCAAACUCUUGUUACCCAUCGCGGACGCGUUUGAAACCAACGCCGAGGCGGCGAGCGCGUUCAGGGCUCGAGCGAGCGAGCAGGAGACGCGGGUGAAUGGGAAAUCAAUGACCGGGACGCGGCGGGACGUACGCGAAGCGCGAGGCGUCGCGCGCGGGAUCUCCUGGAGCGCGCCGAGGGGGAAGUACGACGCGUACGCGAUGCCAAACGGGGAUUUAGUGCUCGAGAACGCGAAGGGCGUUCAAAUUUUGGUCGAACGUGGGAUGGUUCGAAGGGUUUUGGCGUUGGACACGGGCGACGCGAACGGGACGAGCAUGACGCAGGUCGCCUUGACGGCGCCCGGGGUGGAGAAUGGGAAGAGUAAGCUCACGACGCUAUGCGCGACUUUUCGAGCUAAAGAUAGGAUCGUGAUCGAGGGUGGUUUGGUGGGAGUCGGGGCUGAGGGUGACGAGCGAAGCGCGUCGCGGACGUUUUUUGAUUUCAUGCGCGCGGCGUACGGCGACGACGCGUGCGGGACAACAAAUCCAUCGAAAACGUUCGCGGGUACUAAGGGGAUGGGGCACGUGCAAGCAACGAAGGGUUUCAACUCUGGACACCUGUUCUUCCUAGACGAGGGCGUGGCUUUCGGUCCCAGUCCCGCGAUGUACGUGCACUUUGACGAUUUAGAGGAUUUGAGAGUGCUUCGCGCCGACGGCGCGGGAUCGAGCUCGUUCGACUUAUCGAUGACUCCCGAGAAUGGAACCGCGAUCGAGUUCACGAAUAUCUCGCGAGAAGAGCUCGAGCACGUCAGUCGGUACCUUGCGAAGCGAUGCACGAGCGCCGACGACGAUCCGAGCGCUGCGGAUCUCUUGGACGCUGCCGAAGACGAAGAUGACGACAGCGACGACGAAGACGACGAGGAUUUCACCGGUCGCGAACGUGAAUCUGACGAUGAUACCGACGAAGACGACGACGAUGACAACGAAGGGAACGACAUGGAAUACUCGCACGACGACUCCGACGAGGCGCGCGGCGAAGAAGACAAAGACUCCGAUUCCGACAACGUCGCCCCGCGAUCGGACCGCAAGCGUCCGCGCGCGAGCGAAGCCGAGGCGCGCGACUAUUCUGAGAGCGAUUCCGAAUCGGACGAUAACGCGUUCCAGGUCGUUCGCGGAUGA